UCUCUGACAAGACAAGAAGCCAUGGAAGUUGAAACCGAUGCCACGAAGCAGAUCAGAGACGAGGAGCUCUUCAUAGCGGCGGAAUCUGGAGAUUCCUCGGUGUUCAUGUCUUUAUCUCCUCAACAGCUCACCAAAUCUCUCACUUUCAGAAACGAAGACGGUCGCUCCCUCCUCCAUGUCUCAGCUUCUUUCGGUCACUCUCAGAUAGUGAAGUUGCUAUCAAGUGUAGAUGAAUCAAAGAAUGUAAUCAAUGGUAAAGAUGAUGAAGGAUGGGCUCCUUUACAUUCUGCUGCUAGUAUCGGCAAGGCAGAGGUCGUUGAAGUCUUAUUGACUAGAGGUGCUGAUGUGAAUGUGAAGAACAAUGGUGGUCGCACUGCUCUUCACUAUGCUGCUAGUAAAGGAUGGUUGGAAAUUGCUCAGCUUUUGCUAGCACAUGGCGCAAAGAUUAACAUCACUGACAAGGUGGGUUGCACUCCGCUUCAUAGGGCAGCAAGCACUGGAAAGACUGAAGUUUGUGAGUUUUUGAUAGAGGAAGGAGCAGAGAUUGAUGCUAUGGAUAAAAUGGGUCAAACUCCACUCAUGCAUUCAGUUAUCUGUGAUGACAGACAAGUUGCGUUUCUUCUUGUUAGACAUGGUGCAGAUGUGGAUGUGGAAGACAAGGAAGGUUACACUGUUCUAGGCCGAGCUUCCAACGAUUUCAGACCAGCACUAAUAGAUGCUGCCAAGGCUAUGCUUGAAUAAUUUAUUUACUCUAAAUACAGUAGAACUUAAUAAGGAUGAUUCUUUGUUUGUUCAAGUUUGCAAGAUGUUUCUGCUUUUUCUACAAAAAAAUGUUAUAAAAAUCUUUGUUCUCUCUAGAAAUAUUCGCACGUGCAUUAGCUGUUUAUAUGAAGCUAUGAACUAGACAC